GCGGGCGCUGUCCAUGGCCCUGCGGAGCUCCGGGCGGCCCCGGGCUCCGCCGCGCCGCCGAGCGAGCGAGCGAUGGGCAACACGGUGCACAAGACGCUGGCAGACACGAGCCACCAGGCGCGCUCGGUGUCCAGCCGUCCCUACUACAGCCUGCCCAACAGCAGCAGCCAUGAGCGGCGCUCGGUGCUGGCGCUGGCGGAGCCGCCGCGCUUCCACUCGCAGGCCAAGGGCAAGAACGUGCGGCUGGACGCGCACUCGCGCCGCGCCACGCGCAGGAACAGCUUCUGCAACGGCGUCACCUUCACCAACCGGCCCAUCCACCUCUACGAGAAGGUGCGCCUCAAGCUGGUGGCCGUGCACCACGGCUGGAGCGGGGCGCUGCGCUUCGGCUUCACCAUCCACGACCCCUCGCAGAUGAGCUCCGAGGAGAUACCAAAGUACGCCUGCCCCGACCUCGUCACCCGGCCCGGCUACUGGGCCAAGGCUCUGCCCGAGAGGUUUGCGGUCAGGGACAAUAUCUUGGCCUUCUGGGUGGACCGGCACGGCAGAGUCUUCUACAGUAUUAACGACGAGGAGCCCAUCUUGUUUCACUGUGGUAUUAAAGUUUCCGGGCCUCUUUGGGCGCUCAUAGACGUCUAUGGAAUUACCCACGAAGUGCAAAUUCUAGACAGCAUGUUUGCAGAGACCAUGACCACCGCCCGGCUCAGCACCGCCCGGCUCAGCACCUGCCUUCCCCAGAGCAACCACGACUCGGCCAACUUCAACAACAACGAGCUUGAGAACAACCAAGUGGUGGCCAAAAUUGCAAACCUGAACCUAAGCCGGGUGCCAGGGCUUGGGACUGACAACCACAUCAUCCCCUGCUGCCCCGGCCGGCGGCAGCACGCGCAGGGAGUCCCGGCCUUCCUGGACACCGACCUGCGCUUCCACCCCACCCGCGGCCCCGACAUCACCUUCUCCCAGGACAGGAUGGUGGCCUGCACCAACUGGCAGGAGAGCAAUAGGACUUUGGUGUUUUCUGACCGGCCUUUGCACAUCGGGGAGAGCCUCUUUGUGGAAGUUGGACACCUGGGGCUGCCCUACUACGGGGCCCUCUCGUUCGGCAUCACCUCGUGUGAUCCGAGCACUUUGCGGACAAACGAGCUCCCGGCGGAUCCGGAUUUUCUCCUGGACCGUAAGGAGUACUGGGUGGUUUACAGGGCCUUCCCAGUGCUCAACAGUGGUGACAUCCUCAGCUUCAUGGUCCUGCCCAACGGAGAGGUGCACCACGGGGUCAACGGGGCCAGCCGGGGCAUGCUCAUGUGUGUGGACACCUCACAGUCCCUCUGGGUGUUUUUUACCAUCCACGGUGUGAUCAACCAGCUCAAAAUCCUGGGCACGGUGCAGUCCAGCCCAGGGACGGUGUCUCCCUCAGGAUCUCCUGGUGGCUCCCAGUACGACAGCGACUCAGACAUGGCCUUCAGCGUCAACAGGUCCUCAUCAGCCUCCGAGUCCUCGCUGGUGACUGCCCCCAGCUCCCCUUUGAGCCCCCCCAUCUCUCCUGUCUUCUCCCCUCCGGAGCCAUCGAGCAGCAAGAACGGGGAGUGCACCGUGUGCUUUGACAGCGAGGUGGACACGGUCAUCUACACCUGCGGACACAUGUGCCUCUGCAACACCUGUGGUCUUAAGCUGAAGAAGCAGCUCAACGCCUGCUGCCCCAUUUGCCGACGGGUGAUCAAAGAUGUGAUUAAAAUUUACCGUCCGUAGGGGCUGCGGGAAGGGGGAACGCCGCUAGCAACCCACGCCUUUCCGUCCCUGCUUCUGGGUUCUCGUGCUGGUCAGUCGUUAUCCAGUGGCUCUGUUAUCUGUGUUUCCUUAUUUGACUGCUAGGGCACAAUUCAGGGAGCAAAGCUGAGGAUCGUGUGGGGCCCGAGACCCCAGCCAGCUGCAAAUGAGAAAUUUCCCCUGCAAAGGCUCUUUUUUCUCUCCUCCCACUGCGGGGGAGGCUCGCUGUGCUGUGGGUUCAGAUGGGGAGGUUGUCACUUGGGCAGUGCCAGGUGCCACUGGGCAGUGCCAGGUGCCACUGGGCUUCUCGACCCUAAAACCCCACAGCUCUGGGCUGCUGCCAGGGGCUUGUGCUGUGGUGGAGUGAAAAUGGGAUAAAGCCCAGCAGGAGGGUUCAAAGUGGACAGAAAUGAUCUGGAAAUGUCAUGUAAGGAGAACCAGCUCAGGCCAAAUAGUGGCACAGCCAGGUUGUCACUUAUUGGGGUUCUGUCCCCAUGAACAGGCUCAUGGGGGCAUAGAGGAGCUGGUCUGGGUUAGAUAAUGCAGAUUUUUCUUUCUGAGGCAGAACAGGGACUUCUGGCCAUGGAGUCUGAGAGCCAUGGGGUAGCAGUGAGGAGCAUGAGCCCACACAGAGCCCCUGCAGUGACGGGGCUGCAGGGAGCUGUGAGGGGCACCUCGGGCACGGCCCUGCUGCCUUCUGAAGCCAUAAAUGCAGCCUGUGGGUGACAGGGGUGUGUGGAUGGGCACACUACAGUGGUGGCUUUGUCACCUGCAGGCACACAGCCCUGCACUUUGCUCUGCCCUCCUGGAGGUGGCACAGCUGCUGUGUUACCUGUCCUGACUGUCACCUGUGCUAGACCUUCCCCUGCAGCCAGUGCCAUGGCAGGGCUCAGCCUUCCUCCCACCCCACCAUGGGGAUUUUUUGGAGGCUUUGGUGAGAAAUUCAUUUCUGACCCAGUCCCAUCAGGCUCACCUUUAUUUCUGGGGACUGUAUUUGCUGAUUUUACCUGUUCUUUCUUUCCCAGCACAGCUCCCAGCUGCCUGCACGCUGGGUCUCAACUGUACCUGAGACCUUGCUGAGAAAAACAGGGACUAUCUCACUUGGCUUUACUGAGGAGGAAAGAAAAAGGCGCUGAGGCUGAAUUAGAUGGUGGGAACUCAAAGGUAAAUGGGUUUUGGGUGUAAUGUCAGCUGAGACAGCACCUGAUUGUUCAGUACCAGGGCUGGUGUGAGGAGCUCAGCAUCCUCCUCCCUGCUGCUCCAGUCUCUGUCCUUUGCCCAUUGCACAGCCCCAUCCUGUCCUUCAGCCCCAGCCUGGCCAGUUUCCAGCUGCUUCAGGCUCUUAAAGAGGGAAAAUGAUGGAAAUGGGAGGAUGAGAGGAGCUGUGUCCCUGCAGCUCUGUGACCAUGUGCUGCCAAGUGCACAAGAACAGCUUUUCAGAAAGGUGCAAUUACCAUUUUAGUCUGGAAAAGGGAAAAAAUGGAAUAAUAACUCCUGUACAUUUUAGAGCUUCUGGGCACAGAGGGAGCCUGAGGGAUGUCUGGCUGUUCCCUCUCUCCUCCAAGGCUGUUGGUGCCUGGUGCUGCUGCCCACGCGGGGGCUUGGCUGUGCCAGGAGAGCUGGGUUUGGUACUGGCCUGUGCCAGCCCUGUGCCAGCCCUGUGCCAGCCCUGCCACCCUCCUCCUUCAGCGGGCUGUGCUCACAGGGCACCCAGAAGCCUUUUGCUUUUCCCUUGGAGUGCUGAUGAACAUUUUUAUUGAGUGUUUCAGGAGAGGCUGUUGUGACCUCUCAGCCAUGGCCCUGCACGAGGGCCCAACAGCUUUGCAGAGCCCUUUUUGGAGACCUUUUUGGUGCCACUGGCUGUGCCACCACCCUCAGCAGAGCCACUGCACCUUUCACUCCCACCUUCCUUGAGGAGCAGCCAGGGCACGUUCCCUGCACCUGGAGCUGUUCUGGACCUCCCAGCUGUCCUCCACCCCAGGGAGCACAGGCUCUGCACUCCCAGGGAUGUCCCAGCCCCACGCUGGCAGAUCCAGGUCCAGCUGUGGGCAGUGGGCACAGCAGUGCCAGGUGUGCCAGCCCCUACCUGGGCACUGCCAGCCGUGGGAAGCCUUUCCCUGGGGAGGAAUUCAAGGAGAGCUGUUGGAAUGCCCAGCCUGGAGCAGGGCUGGGCCAUGCCCAGGGUGCUGUCCCAGCUCCAGGGGUGCCCUUGGUGCCACCUCAGGGUCCAUCAGCAGGGUGGGUGCAGCCUGGCUGGGGUUGUUUUGGUGUAGCUCUGUUUUGUAUUUUUAAGCCAGCAAGGAGAAACACUGAACCCACCCCAGGAGCUGUUCAGGACACUUUGCAGAGGCUGAAUUUUUGCUGUAGCAGCCAAAACCAGUUUGUAAGAAGGGGCAGCACCCAGUGAGGCCAGCAAGGAACCAAGAGGGAUGGGAGAGCAGUGGACCUGUGGCCCUGCCUAUCCAAGAGCAACAGGAAUUUUCCGAAAUAGGCCUCAAAGAAAAAAAAAAGAAAAAAAAAGAAAAAAAAAAAAAGAUUUCCAGGAAAAAGUAGCCUCUUACAGAUUUCAUUGUUAGUAUUCGUAUUGCUAUUUUUUUUAAACAGUCCAAUGAUAUAUGAUUUGUACAGAAGAUCUGUUUGUGCCUUAUAAGGGUGUCUGUGCACUUUUUAUCCUUUUUAAAGCAACUUUUAAAAAGAAAAAAAAAAAAGAUGGGGGGAGAAAACCUACACAGAUCAAUGGUAGUUUUAUAGAAUUUUGUGUUCACUGAGAAUCCUGCUUUAUAUAUAUAUAUGUAUAUACAUAUACAUAUAUAUAUAUAUAUAGGAGUGAAAAAGUGUUUAUUUCCAUGGAUUUUCCCCUGCUCUCCUCCUUAACCUUUGUUUGAAAUUUUAAGGAAAAAAGGAAGAAAGGAAAGAGAUGGGGGAACUCUUUUACCUCUCCCCCUUUCUGAGGCAGUUCCUCUCUUGUCGUUACCUUUAUGAUUCAAUACUGUGACCUGUAUUAUCUUGUUGAAGCUGAAUCAGAUUUUGGACCUCUGUAUUAGGCUUUUCAAGCAAAAUUUUGGGGGGCCUGGGGAGGGAGGGCAUCGCACGAGGGAGGGAGCUGCACCUCUACAUGUCAGUGCUCUAUAGUGUUCAGUGCUGUGUUUUCCUUUUGUCCAUUUACCUGUUUUCCAUGAAUAUAAUUUUGACUUGUUUAUGAAACAAAUAAACCUUU